CAAGUAAUAUUGAAAACAUUAAUUAUUUGAAGCCACCAACAUCACGAUAAUAUGUCUAGUCGGGAUCUCACAUUCUCGGGGCCCAAUCUAUCACCAGCUACUCCACCAUGGCUCCCUUCUACACUUUUUUCCCUGUAUGGAGCAUCUUCUCUCAACUAGUAGCAUUUCUACUACUACUGGGAGCACAAAGACUUCUAAAGAGACGACUUUCAAAACAUUUUGACAUGCUAAAUGAGUUCCUGUGUUGUUGUAUAUGGCUGUGGUGGUCCCUGGAAACUACUCUCAUCGGCAACAGCUCAUGGUUGGCUGGGAACAUCGCUCUAUUUAUCAGACUAGUGGCGUACUCUUACAUACCGCAAGGUGCCUCGGUCAGUCUUUGUACUGCUCUGUAUCUCUACUGGACAGGGGAUCGAUCAAGAAGGAACAACAUCAGAAGGCUGUGUGUAUCGCUAUUGACUGCUCUAGUUGCCGUACCCGUAACACUAUUAUUUUGUCACUACUACUGGACUUUGUUGGGAGUGACUGUAUCUACCGAUCAUUCUAUAUUCAUGGAGGCCAAGCCAAGCUAUUUCCUGACAACCACACUACUCUACGGUGUUAUAUACGAACUGGUCCCGUCGUUUCUGAUGUUUCUACCCUCUAUUUUGAAUCAAAGCAAAUCUCUACUCUUUGUUGUGUGCGACACUUUCGUUGUACUAGGCCUUGUCUAUUGGGCUGCUGACUACACGGGAGCCUUCAUGAAUCCGAUGGUGGCUCUGGCUUUUACCGUUUAUUGGCACACUCUUUCACCCUUGGAUUAUGCUACGCACGUCAUAGUGUUCUGGGCUGGACCCUUAAUAGGCACAUGGGCUGCUGCAAAACUCAAACUGAGAUAUGAAGACUAUCAGGAUAAACACUACAAAUUGACGUGAUUUUUGCAAUUUUCAUUCAACUUUGUCAACAUUACAAAUUAAUAAUAACAUAAAGAUGACGUUUCACGAGGAGUAUAUAGAGAGCAGGGAAUUUCAAAGUGAAAAUUAUAACAAGGAAUCCUUGUUAUUACGAAUUGUCAGAUAUACAGUAGAUUUUUGUGAGGUUUCAAUACGAUUUUUGUAUAGUUUGUCAAGGUUAUAAUAACAGAUAACGUUUCAUGAGAAGUAUCACUUUAUAAGUACA